AUGCCAGAUGAAAUAGACCAAUCUUCAUUUGCCAGUAUUCUCGAAGGGGUACGCAAGAUGCGUGAAUCCUACAAUUCUCCAAAGCUGAGCGAACAGCUGGGAAGGACCCUGGAGAAGCCUCAGCAACAGCAACCACAACCAGCGGCACAACCAGUGGCAGCGCCAGCCCAAGCAGCCCAAGCAGCUGCAGCUACUACAAACGUACAAGAAACAUCAAGAAGUACCCUAGAUACAGCAGCUCAGGUCCAGCCGCCGAAGAACCGUAACAGACAGAACAGACCAACAGGGUCUAGGCGUGUCAGAGAUACCGUGCAAACAUAUACAUCAGUACAAGUGGCCCAUUCACAAAAGGGAAAUCCGCUUCUUGAAAGCCCUUCUAUGAAGCUUACGCCUUGGGCGUAUAAUACACAGAUUCUUCUGGACUACUAUAUUAACGCUACGCUUCAGGUGCUCUUCCUACUGUUGAAGUACCAUAAGCUUCGGCCUGAGUAUGUUUGGCGACGCAUAGAGAAGAUGAAAGGUGGCAGCUCUAUUGUAGAGGAGAGACAGGAAGGUGACGAGGUUCUUCGAGUGCUUUUGGUGGUGGUUGAUGUCGAUUCUCCUCAGGAUGCUAUUAGGUCGUUGCUGAGCAUAUGUAUACGGCACGAUCUAUCGAUUGUGGUGGCAUGGCUGUUUGAAGAGGCAGGAAACUACAUUGCAUAUUUUAAGCUGAAUGAGAUGGUUAGAUCGAAGGUAGACCUGUCCAUUCAAGGUCUCAAGAAGGAGGACUAUAAUUCAACGAUUGUUAGCUCUUUAACAACUGUUCGUGCUGUGAACAAGACUGAUGUGGCUAACCUUUUGGCAAAUUGCAAAUCGUUCAAGCUGAUUGUCUCCAUGGCCACAGAGAACGACGGACUCUCGCAUAUCCAAGGUUUGGGAGAACGGAAGCUACUUAAUCUACGUGCUGCGUUUGCGGAACCGUUUAUUUUUAACAAAGACUACGAAGCAGAGAACUAG